AUGUCACCUAAGAAAAGACAUAGUGGAGCUGUUCAUGCUCCUGAUACGGUUGAAUCCAAUAGGGCAAUUUUUUCGCCACUUGGAGUACUUCGACAAAGAUCAAGGAUCCAAAGGAUAGCUGAUAGGCGCGAAGAAGAGAUACCCCGUGAGGGAGUUCAAGAAAAUCCUGCAGUAGGAGUAGCUCAAGCAGACUUGGCAGCUGAAUUAAGGGGAAUGAAUCAAACCCUUACUACGGAAUUACAAGUCCUAACAAAUCAAAAUAGGGAGCUGCCAAUUGAGAAGUAUUUGAAGUUGAAUUCGUCUACUUUCAAUGAAGAUUCCUUGGAUAAAGAUCCACAACAAUAUCUAGAGGAUGCAAAGAAAGCUAUUUGGUCUCUCAAGUGUACCAAAAAAUCAGUUGUUGAGUUAUUAUCCUACAGCUUGCGCAGUUCAGCAAGAUAUUGGUAUGAAUCUCUUAUUGAGAGCAAAGAAGUAGUUGGACUUCUUCCUCCUUCUUGGGAAGAGUUCACCGAAAAGUUUUUUACUCGAUUUUAUCCCUCUAACAAGCAAGCAGAAGAUGCAAUCGCCUUUGAAAGAUUAAGGCAAGGGAAUAUGACAGUGAUCGAGUAUGCUAAGGAGUUUACUAGACCUUCUAAGAGUGCUCCAUACUUGAUGAAUUCAGAAGAGAUGAAAAUACGUCGGUUCGUUCGUGGGUUGGCAGAACCUAUGUUCAUCACUCUUAUGCCUGAAGUCGGACGCAUGUCUUUCAAGGACGUCCUAAACUCUGCUUAUGGAAUUGAAGCUGGGAUAGCAGAGAGAAAUGCUUAUAAGGAUGUUGGUAAGAAGUCCAAGGUGAAGGGACAAUUUUCUGGUGGAUCUAGUUCAGGAGAAUUUCAGUUUCAUCAUGGUUAG